AUGGAAUACACGCCCUUGGAGGUGAUCGGACGAGGGUCGUUUGGCCAGAUCCGCAAGGUGCAAAGAGAAGAUGGAACGAUCCUGGUGAGGAAAGAAAUAUCGUAUAAAGCCAUGAACCAAAAGGAGCGGACGCAGCUCAUUGCGGAGUUUCGCAUUCUCAAGGCCCUGGACCAUCCAAACAUUGUGAAAUAUUUGCACCACGAGCACGUUCCCGAGACCCACGAGGUUCAUUUGUACAUGGAGUACUGCGACGGCGGCGAUCUUGCGAGUUUCAUUCGGGAGUUGCAGCAAGAGCAGGCCCAUUUGCCCGAGCGGGAGAUCUGGCUGGUGUUCACCCAGCUCGUGCUGGCCCUGUACCGCUGCCACUACAACACAGUCGCGCCCGCCAGCACCGAGACGGGGGAGCCGCCAAGCACAAUUCCUCAGUCGUUUGUACUGCACCGGGACAUCAAGCCCGAGAACGUAUUUAUAUCCGACUCGGUGAUCAAGCUGGGGGACUUUGGCCUGGCCAAACUGCUUGACCGGGAAAACCCGCUGGCAAACACCUACGUCGGCACUCCUUACUACAUGAGUCCUGAAGUGCUUGCAGAUCAGCCGUCCACUCCGGCCUCCGACAUAUGGUCGCUGGGCUGUGUGAUGUACGAGCUGUGCGCCCUGCAGCCGCCGUUUCGAGCCAAGUCGCACCUGCAGCUGUCGCAGAGAAUCCGCGAGGGUAAAUUCGCUCCCAUCCCCGAUAUUUAUUCCUCAACCCUUUCCAAGCUAAUCAAUGCCCUGUUGACGGUGACUCCGUCGUCACGACCCACAUGUGCCACUCUGCUCAAGCUGGACGUCAUCAGAGUGUACCGGCACGAGCUCGAGGUGCUGGCGCGAGAACGGGCGUUGGAGCGACGAGAGGCCCAGCUGGCUGCGGAAAAACGCACUUUCAAGGAACGCAUAGAACGGGAGGUGCUGGCAAUGUACCAAGACGAGCUGGCGGCGGCGAUUGACGCAGAAGUCGAGCGGAGAAUGAAACUAGCGAGAGCGACGCCGGAAGAAAGAGUGAGAGGUCCCCGCUCUCUGGAAAACCGCCGCGCUCUCGACGAACUUAAUACCUCAUGGGACACUAAAUACUAG